ACACUUCGUCUGUCAGCUGCCUUGGGGACGAGGAGACGACUGAGACGAGGAUUCAAUUGACGUCUUCCAUGGCACUCUUUCAUCUACUCCUGAUCUGUCAUUGGAGUGCAAGUCCUGCACGCAAGAAUGAACGACUCUCUGUCAGUCUAAUAUUAGUAUCGAGCAUCACUGCCACAAGGGAAGCGCAAACUCUGACAAUGAUUGAGUGGCCUAUGAUGGUCACCUAUCAAACGAUUGCUGUCAGUUCCUCAAGUGGAACACUAACUGAGAGUGAGAGUAUGCAUCUGCUAUUCUUAUGUGACCUUUCCUUAUAAUGUUCGGCAGGAUGAAAGGGACAGGGAGCCAGAAGUGGGUAUGAGGUUUUACGAAUGAUAAAGAGAUUGUGCUGUCUCUGGCUCACACCCCUUUCACCUGGGAGGACUACCCCAUCACUGGAUAUGAUAUUGUGUGCAGAGAGACUGAGUCAGAGAAGAUCAUUCAUGACAUGACACUCAAUGAUACUGACAUCCUAAAUGAACCAGUUGUCAGUCACACUGUGGAUCUACCUCCAUGUGUCCCAGACUGCUACACUCUCCAGUGUACCGUGACAGCUUUCAACUCCUUAGAUGGUACACCUUCGGUUUCGAACUUUUCGUUUCGUUCGUUAAAAACUAACCUGAGAUGUAGAAUUCUAGCAGUAAAGCAAACAAAGCUCCAGGACAACAAGAUAGGAAUUUUCAUUUGUGUGGAGCUCCCAGUGUUGUGUGUGUUCCAGAGAGUGAGGUACAGAGUUGUCAUCUCUCAUGGAGGAGACCCAGUCCAAGAGCUGUCCAGAGAGUUCAACUACAGCAGUGGCUACACUAGUGAGUGUAUUGAGGAGAUGGUCAGUGGAGAGCUGGAGGAGGGAACUGAGUACAGUCUCCUGGUCUUUGUGGAAGAUGGAGACACUGGCAACACUUCUUCCCCCAUUCAGACCUUCAAGAUUCUGGUUCCACUGGAGAAUGAGACAGUGGUCCUGGGAGAUGUGGCCCACUUCUUCUGUCAGAUACAGGGAAGAUAUGAGGACGUGAGACUGAGGAUUGGCGGAAGUGUCAAGAGCCUAGACUUUCACGAUCUUGAUAUAAUUGUUACUACAGAAAUUGGUUCCACUGUGGAUGAUGAUAUGGCAUUCACAAACAUCACUAUCAACAUAACUGCAUCUGAAAAACAUAACAACACUUUACUGGAGUGCUAUGAUGUUGACCUUGGUAGAGGGAGUUCAUCAAAAGCAACGUUGACAAUAAAAGGCGGACCAGGGGAGCCAGAGGUGGGGUAUGAGGUUGACCGAGAUGAGAAAGAGAUUGUGCUGUCCUGGCCACACCCCUUCACCUGGGAGGACUACCCCAUCACUGGAUAUGAUAUUGUGUGCAGAGAGACUGAGUCUGAGAGGAUCAUUCAUGACAUGACACUCAAUGAUACUGACAUCCUAUAUGAACCAGUUGUCAGUCACACUGUGGAUCUACCUCCAUGUGUCUCAGACUGCUACACUCUCCAGUGUACUGUGACAGCCUCUAAUGCUCUAGACCAGAGCAACAUUUCCAUCACUGACAUCUUUUUCCCUAAGAUGCAAGCCAGUCCAGCUCCUGCCAUAGAGCUGGUGAAAACGCUGUCCCUGGGGGGUGGGAAACAAGAGAUUGUCGUUUGUGUAAAGCUCCCAGUGUUGUGUGUGUUCCAGAGAGUGAGGUACAGAGUUGUCAUCUCUCAUGGAGGAGACCCAGUCCUAGAGCUGUCCAGAGAGUUCAACUACAGCAGUGGCUACACUAGUGAGUGUAUUGAGGAGAUGGUCAGUGGAGAGCUGGAGGAGGGAACUGAGUACAGUCUCCUGGUCUUUGUGGACGAUGGAGACUCUGGGAACUCUUCUUCUUCCAACAUUCAGACCUUCAAGACUGCAACAGAGCCAACACAACCAUCCGAUUCAGCACCAACUCUCAGUAAGUCCUCUUCAGUGUAGUUUGUUUCUCACUGUUGAAGUCAGCACACACGAUGCAGCACCCAG